AUGGCGGUGGAGCGUGAGUAUCUCUCCAGACUGAGACUCUCUGUGUGUCCUCAGGAGUAUCUCUCCAGACUGAGACUCUCUGUGUGUCCUCAGGAGUAUCUCUCCAGACUGAGACUCUCUGAGUAUCUCUCCAGGCUGAGACUCUCUGUUUGUCCUCAGGAGUAUCUUUCCAGACUGAGACUCUCUGUGUGUCCUCAGGAGUAUCUCUCCAGACUGAGACUCUCUGUGUGUCCUCAGGAGUAUCUCUCCAGGCUGAGACUCUCUGUGUGUCCUCAGGAGUAUCUCUCCAGACUGAGACUCUCUGAGUAUCUCUCCAGACUGAGACUCUCUGUGUGUCCUCAGGAGUAUCUCUCCAGGCUGAGGCAGAUCCGCCUGCAGAACUUCAACGAGCGUCAGCAGAUCAAAGCCCGGCUCAGAGGAGAGAAGUACGACAGCGACGGGUCAGACAGCCAGGAGUCCAGCGAGGACGCCGAGCUCAAGAGGAAGAAGAUCGAGGCGCUAAAGGCUCAAGCUAACACUCGAGCUGCUGUGCUGAGAGAGCAGCUGGAGAAGAAGAGGGUGGAGGCGCUGGAGAGGGAGAAGAGAGCCUGGGAGGAGCACAAAAGUCUCCCUGGUCCCCGGCUUGAGCUUCAAUAUCAGGAUCCAUGUAUUUAUGAUCUUCUCACGAAUGGAAGUAGUCAGCCCGAAGCAUCCUCUGUGCUCCAGCCUGAAGCAUCCUCUGUGCUCCAGUCAGCCUGAAGCAUCCUCUGUGCUCCAGC